UUCUUCAAACUUGACCUACUGGUUUAGUGUUCCUCAUUUUUUUUCAACAUAACUUCUAGGGUUUCCGGAAACCGCAGCUUGAAGUUCUCGCAUCGGCUUUCGUAUCUUUCCUUCAGAGUCAGUCUAAAGAGAGAGAAAAGAUGGAGGAGAGAAACGGAGGCGAGACGACGGAGGAGUUGAUAAUGCCGGGGUUCAGGUUCCACCCCACGGAUGAGGAGCUUGUGGGGUUUUACCUGAGGAGGAAGGUUCAGAAGCAAGCCAUCUGCGUUGAGAUCAUCAAGCAACUUGACAUCUACAAACACGAUCCGUGGGAUCUCCCAAAGUUGGCCACGACUCUCGGGGAGAAGGAGUGGUACUUCUACUGCCCUAGGGACAGGAAAUACAGAAACAGCGCGAGGCCCAACAGGGUGACCGGAGGCGGCUUUUGGAAAGCCACGGGCACCGAUCGACCCAUUUACUCCACGUCUCAUCAGCUCGACGACAAUGCCAGCAUCGGUGGCAGCACGAAGCGCCGCGGUAAUAUAAUAGGUUUGAAGAAAUCGCUCGUGUUCUACAGAGGCAGAGCCGGGAAAGGGGUGAAGACCGACUGGAUGAUGCACGAGUUCCGGCUGCCUUCUCUCUCUGAUUUAGCAGCAACCUCACUCCCAUCAAAGAAGAGCCUCCCCACCCAUGAGUUAUGGGCCAUAUGCAGGAUAUUCAAGAAGCCCAAGUCCACUACUCAAAAAGCCCUCUCCCAUUCACUCUGCCUCUCUCCCUCGACAGCAACCCAACCUCCAUCAGAUCAUCACAUUCCUAGCCAAAGUCCGAAAGACAUGUUCAUGCGUUCUUCCGACGAAACCCGUUCGUCGGCAUCACUAUCAGCGCCCGGUGACGGAACACUUGACCUCGCUUCCGCCGCAUUCGACGUUCCUUCCUCGAUGCUCGGAGAUCGGGCCUUCUCAUUCGUCAGUCUACAAACAGGGCCCGUGCAGAGGAUCGGAGCGAAUGGAGGACAGAUGGCGGCGCAGAAGAAUGUCGAGGAUUGGCGGGCGUCGUCGUCAAGCUCGCUUCUGAUGGAGCGGUGCUUCACUUCGGCUUGGAGUAAUUUCUUCAGUAGGUGUGCCUGA